UCCGCAGAAGGAAGGACCGAUAAACUGCGAUGUUUGGUCCGCUGGCAGGUCAAGAGUGCGGCUAAAGUUUUCCUUGGCCUCUCGAGACAUUCUGAAACCUACCAUCCAAUGCUUUUACCCCUUUAAAUUGCCUACAGCUUUAUCUGGACGUGGAUUGAUGUCCGUAUCUCGCAGCGCGGACACUGACAGCAUAAAGUAAACACAUAUAUGCUAAUUGCUAAUGCUAACUAGCUUUAGCUGGGAACCAAGACUUUUCAGCAGCGAUUUGGCAACAAAAUCAAAACCUGACAGCAACAUCCCUUCGAAAAUCGUCAGAAAGCUCACCUAGAAGAUUUGGUACUUGUUAUUCAUGUUGUUUUGGAGCGACAGACUGACAGUCCUGCGCUUUUACGUCUUAAGGAGAGCGUGUGAGAGGCUCCAGAGGAGGCAGUGAAGUCCGGACUGUUGUCCCAGUCCGAGGAGCCAUCAGUGGGACACAAUGCCCAUUCCUCCGCCUCCCCCUCCCCCUGGGCCCCCGCCUCCUCCCACCUUCAGCCAGGCGAACAUCACUCCGCCUAAGCUGAGUUCGUCAGAGGCCAAAGGUCGCGGGGCCCUUCUCAGUGACAUCCAUAAAGGAGCCAAACUCAAGAAAGUCACUCAAGUCAAUGACCGCAGCGCCCCUGUCAUCGAGAAGUCUGGAGGAGGAGGCAGCAGCGGUGGAGGAGGUGGAGGAGGCGGAGGAGGGGCCCCGAUGGGAAUGGGAGGUCUGUUCUCGGGAGGGAUGCCCAAACUGCGCUCAGUAGCAGAUGGUCCAGUUGGUGGUUCAGUCGGCCGCUCUGCCCUGCGCCCACCCGGUGCCCGCCCGUCUGCCCCUCGCCCGCCCGCAGGCCGCUCCCCCUCGCCCAAUCGCUCAAACAAACCCUCCCCUCCCGAACCACAGCGUACCCAAAGGCCCUCACUCCCUGACAUCACACGCCCUCCCUCCUCCGGCAUGAAACACAGCUCCUCUGCACCGCCCCCUCCUCCGCCCUUCAACCGCCAAUCAAAUGCUCCACCACCACCCCCGCCAGCCAAUCAGAAGAACACACAAUCACACAACAGAGAGAAGCCCCUCCCACCCACGCCAAGCAGAGGGUCAGAUCGGCCCCCCUCUUCCUCCUCAAACAGGUCACAAAGUGGAGGGACCACUGCGCCCCCUCCACCACCCCCCUACAGACCCAACUCAAACGGACCUUCCCAAACAGACGCUCCAGAGCUGCCCCAGAGGCACAACUCUCUGCACAAGAAGCACUCGUCAAGCAGCAGCCAUCAGAGUCGCAGUCAGGCCCCACCCCCUCCACCUGCACCGGCCAAUCACACAGCUCGACCUCCACCUCCCGCCAGAGAGCCACCCGGGCGCAGGACAGGUGAGCGAGGCACUGACGCUCAACCAGGAAGAACAGCUCCCCAGGCUCCCCCUUCGUCUGGCUCUCGUAAUGGUUCUCGGGACGCCCCCCCACCCCCUCCCCCGUAUCGCGGCCACAGCUCAGAGCCUCACAGUCGGAUGGGCAAACCUCCACCUCCCCCCUCCUCCGCCUCCAACUCCUCUCUGAACUCCAGGACACCAGCUGGACCCCCUCCUCCACCCCCACCCAUCCGGAACGGGCACUCCAACCUCUCCAAGUCCAUACUAGAUGAUUUUGAAUCCAAGUUUAACUUCCACCCGAUCGAGGACCUUCCGCCUCCAGAGGAGUACCGGCAUUUCAACAAGGUCUACCCCAGCAAACACAACAAGGCCCAGAUGAGAGGAGCGCCCCCUGCCCCUCCGAUAGGCUCCAGGUGAACUGACCUCAGAGAAGUAGGAAGCAGCAGCACUUGAACGCCUCAUAUCAGGACCAACAAAACCAGUGCAUUCCUUUAUAAUUUUACACACUUUACAUAAAUAACACACAUUCCACAUUCACAGUAACAUUCACUUUGGCAUUUUGAAGUUCUUUGACGGGAGGACGCAUAAAUCCUCCCUAAAAGAACAGUGCCACACGUUUUUUGUUUUGUUUUUAUGUCAUGUCUUGUCUUAAAAUGGCCAUUCCUGCAGUGCCAGGCGAGGGUGCAUUUGAUUUCCUCUUUAAAUGUGCCAAAGGCAGGUGGAGUCUAUCAAGUUGCACACAGAACACUUUCUACAUAUGAAAAAAGAAACACUAGAUUUUUUAAUUUUUUGGAUAAAGUCUUCACUGACGCCACGCCUCUCUUAAAUUCUUUUUUUGGACCAAGGGACUUCUGUUUUUCAAUUUUUUGUUUAUUUUUGGGGGUUGAUGAUUAUUUUUUCUUCCAUCACGCAGCGAUGUUGCACGGCAGCUUCAAUGCUAUACCGAGUCACUGUGCAUGGACCGGAGUUGCACCUUUUGGGGAUGUCUUUAAAAUAUACUUUGAAAUUAUACUGACAGUAGUUCUCAGAGCCAAGUUUGUGUUAGCCGUUUACUUUCAUGUUGUCUAGACUUUUAAUGAAUUAUCCAUUGAGUACUUUCACUGAACUGUGGACAGAGGUAGGUCCAACCAUGCACUUUUUAAUAUUUCCAUUAUAACCAUUUUCAUUGACAACAAAACAAAGUACAACAAAACAUAACAAAAACAUAACAACAGAAUAUAGUAGUAUAACUGUUGUUGACAAAGCCUGGUAAAGGUUAAAUUUCCAAAGUUUACUUCCAAAACUUUCACCAUAUAUCUGAAAUUUGAAAGUGUUGUUCACUAAAAACAGCUAAAUGAAAUUGUUUUCUAAAUAUUACACACAUAUUCAACAUUUUUAUGAACUUAGAAUUUAAAAUGUAUGGAUUGUGCACCAACACUGACUUUGCAAAUAAACUAUAAUUGUAAUUGGUCAUUUCUUAAAACGAGCAUUCAUAGAGCAAUGAAGGUGAUUCAAAUAUGGAAAACAAAUAUUCAAUGGACACUAGUGGAUUAUGUGUAAUUAUUUGUAUAGUUAAUCAUAUAUCAUAUAAAUAUCAAUACAUAAAAAAAAAACAUGUUUGCAUAAUUUCAAAAGCACAAGUUAUGGCAUUUAUCAUUACCACAUUUACAUACCUUUACCAUUAACAGCCCUUUUUCCCACUUUGACUCAUAUUGAAAGUUAAAUUACGAAUCAGGUAUCUAGCAAUUGAAUGUUGACUUCCUCAGGUCUAAAAUUGCAGCAUAUUCCUACCCUACCCUGAAGCACUUCUAUUUUGUUUGCUAAUCGUAUAAACUCUUUGGGACUUGCCUUGCUUUGUUCCUGUAUGUCGUGUAAUCUUAAUUUGAAUCCUACCUGUAAUUGUAAAAACUGGAUAAAAUGCCUCUGUCCACAGUACACUCAAUUUGGAUAUAUUUUGGGGGGACAAUUUGGGCAAAUCUUAUGAAACACUACUUUUAACUACUUUUUUUCUUUUUUUUUGAUGCAGAGAUUCGGCAAACGUGUAAAGGGAUCUUGUUUGUGUCAUAAAAGCUAAAAAAAAAAUGUCUGAAAUUGUAAAAGAGAAGAAAAUGGAUAUGUGGCAUCGCUAUGCAAGAAGAGACUAGCUGGUAUUUGCUAACCAAAAAACAUAGAUAAACAACAGUAGAGGAAGCGUUUUUUAUAGGAUCUGCCAUUUUAGGUAGGGCAAGAAAAAGGUAACCUACAAUAAAACAAACUCAAUUGGAUACUUUUUUAUUGUUACAAAUCAAAUAAUUAACAUUUGAAUCUUGUUAUCUUCAUUUCUUUUACAUCAGAUGCUCUUACAGAGUUCUUAUCCUGUACUUGGUAGAGUCAAAACAUACAGAGCUUAACAAUAUAUAUUUUUCAUACUGGCAACAUUCCAGUUAUAAGAUGGUUAAAGUAAACCAAUUUAAAAGUCUUUUAAACACUGUGGUCAUGAAUCAGAUAAUGGAAUAAGAAUACAAAACUAGAUUAUACUGUAUGUUGAGAUGAUACUCAAAAAAUCUAAUUUAGUUUGUUAUUUUUGGCUACAGUUUUCUAAAGCACUCAUUUGUUCAUAUAAUUUUAAGAAAAAUGUCCAGUUUUUGACAUAUAACACAUUGCACUAUAUGAUAUUUAAAUAAAUUUCAAUUUCCCAGUUUGAGUUGAGGUCUUAUGCAGGGUAACUAGAUAGUGUCAAAUAAAAUUAUAUGCAAAGGAGUAAUUUGUCAUGCUUUUAAAUUGUUUAGAAUUACUUAAAACCCAAUUUGUUGUCGUCACUAAAAGUCUUAAUUUAAUAUGCCUACCUAUUAAAAAAUAUACAUAUCUUUUCACUAAUAUCAACAAAUUUACACACUAAAACACUCUGUCUUCUACUGGUGUCUGUCUAUGGCUCAAAACAGGAAAACACUAAAGUGCCAGAGAGAAAACAAUUCUUUAUUUUCUUACAAACCAUAUACUUAUUUUAAAAUGAUAUAUGUUAUUAAAAAUGCCAUUCAGGUUAAAAUGUUUUAUUGACACAGCGCCCCCUGCUGGCUCUCGCCUUAACACUUAUCAAUAGGUACCUGUACUUUUGUUUUAAUGUCUUUGGGGGAUAAAGAUGAUAAAGAGUAAAGAAAAAAGCACGUCUAUUUGAAAAUGCAAUAAUAAAUACUGUAUAGUUACGUUAUGGAUAUGGUAAUCAUAGUUAUUGAUCUAUUUUUAUGUUGUACAAAGCUUGUAAUAUAGGAAAGAGAAUGAUUAUAACGAUGUUCCCUGAUGUUUGGGUGAAUGUGAGCCAGGUAUGACCCACGGCUACCAUUUUGGAUCUAGUUUCUGUGAGUUUACAAAAAAAACCUUUAUUGAAAAUCAGGACUCGCUGGCCUCACUUUGACCAUGUUCACUUCACUGUGCUCCUUCAUGUAACCAAUCAUGUUUUUAUCAUUGAGAAUAAAGAAAUAUAUUCCUCUGGGAGAUGGGUUUAAAACAA